AUGCACAUGUGUCAAGUUUGCGGAACAUUUUACACAAGAAAAAGCUCGUUGAAUUCACACAUCUUGAAAGAACAUACUGAAGGUUACGACAGAUAUAUACACAAAUGUAAAGAAUGCGGUAAAGGGUUCCAAAAUGCCUAUUAUCUUAAGGGUCAUGUUUUGACCAAUCACAGUGAUAGCGAGCCUACAUUCCAGUGUCAUAAAUGUGGGAAAAAAUUCUUUCAACGGCAUACUCUCAGCAACCACUUCAAGCAAAAGCAUUUAGCCUCAUAUUUGAAGUGUAGACUCUGCCACAGUGGUUUUAACAACAAAGCAUUGCUGCAUAAUCAUUUCUCAAAAAAACAUAAUGCUCAAUUUUCUUGGUCCGAGUUCAUUCAAGGAUACCAUUCGUGUAACCAGUGUGGCAAACUUUGCACGACAGAAGAUCAACUAAAAAAACAUUUGAAGAAAUGCCAGGAGGUACACAAAACAGGAAGUGAUGAGGGCGCCACUGUCCAGCACCAUGACAACGUAGUAGAGACCCAACUAGAAUACGAAGAACAAUCAGAAAAAUAUAUUUGUGCUAUUUGUCAUGCUAUGUUUGAUACCAAAGAGGAAGUAGAUCUACACUUAGUAACUCAUAAUUAUUGAGGUUUAUAGUUGAGCUGCCAAUACAAAGUGAAACCAUGAAUUUUGUGCAUUUUGUAUGCAAUUUUUUUGUGUUACCUUCUUGGGUUAAACUCCAACUAUAGAAGUAUUGAUGAAUUAAUGUUUACCUCUAUUUAAGAAAGGCCUUGUCAAUGUUGAAGUUCAAUUACAGGGUGGGCCAAUAAAAACUG